UAGAAAUUCGAAAACAUUGUUAUAUGUACAAUUUGACAACAAAGUGGUAACUGUACAAAUGUGACAAAUGGCGUUGAAUAAAUUGAUAUGUUUCCUACUGCUAUUGCUUGAUAGUGGAAAACCUAAUUUUGGCUCUACCCUGUCUGAUGUUAGCAGAUUAUAUACAAAAAUGGUAAUGGACUACAAUAAAAAGAUUAGACCAGGAAAUGACCAAUCAGUUGCUUCACAAAUUAAUGUUUCUUUCAAUUUGGGUGCAAUUCAAGAAUUCGACGAAGUUAACGGAAAAUAUGCCGUCAUUGGAUUUUUUCAAAUCACAUGGUAUGAUUCAAGAAUGACUUGGAAUCCACUAGACUACAAUGAUACGAACACUAUGUUGUUUUUACAAGACGAUAUAUGGAAACCAACACUUGUUAUUACAAAUCCAUUCAGUAAAAUCGAAAAGAUUGGGAAAGAUUUUAUGACGGUAAGAUAUUCUAGCAAUGGUUUUGCAUACUGGACACCAGGUGAAAUUUUAAUUAGUUCAUGUAGUGUGGAUAUUACGUACUUCCCGUUUGACGAACAGAUUUGUACAAUACGUUUGAUGGCAUGGGGAACUUCAUCAAAUGAAAUUGUAUUGCUGUCAUCUUCUGACAUUAACAUGAAUUAUUAUUUAGAACAUGGGAGCUGGAAGAUAAAUUCUGCGUCUGCCAAAAGUAUAGUAGAUGGUUCGAUUGGUUCGUCAUUCAUUGAUAUGUCUAUUUCAAUGAAGAGACGUCCAGGUUUUUAUGUUGUAAACAUUGUACUUCCUGUUAUAUUUCUGAUGUUGUUAAAUGCAUGCGUAUUUGUUUUACCACCAAACUCAGGAGAACGAGUUUCAUAUGCUAUAACUGUAUUACUUGCAAUAGCUGUAUUUCUGACUUUGAUAGGAGAUAACCUGCCUAAAACAUCUGAACCAAUGUCUUUGCUAAGUUACUUUCUGAUGUUUGGCCUCGUGUUUAGUUCUUUGAUAUGUUUUUGCACUAUUCUAUGUCAUAGGCUUCAACUGAAAGAUAAGAAUCGUCACAUACCAUCUUUUUUAAAACGGCUGGUAUUGUGUUGUAGACCCGAUAAACCAAGAACAGAGAGAGAAUGGAGUAUUAUAUUAAACAACACAUCAAAUCGUCAAAAUUCAAAUGUGAAUGGCAAUGAAAGUUUAACUACUAACGACAGGAACGAUGUUUCAUGGAACGACAUCUGUUUAACACUUAAUACAAUCUUUUUAUGGGUUUCAUUUGGAGGAAUCUCAGUAAGUGCAUUGUUAUUCUUCGUUUUUGUUACAAAGUCGAUUUAGAUAAAUACAGUAAAGUAAUCAAAGAGAAUGUACGAAAGGGCCACUUGAAAAGUUCGCUUGAGUUCUUAAAGACACAAUAUAAAAAUAUCGAAACAUAACCUUCAGAUGUUCACCUGACAUCAGUAUAAAAUUACCACGACGAGGUAUUUUGUUACGAGAUGUUAAAAAUAAUUGUUUAUUGAUACGAAAUAUCGUUUUGGGUUAGGUUUAAGUAACAACCAAUUUUAUAACAAAUCUCUUAAAAAUGACCAUUUUAUGUCAUAUAUGUCAUUUUGUACAUUUCUAUCCUAAUAGUUUUGAACCUAAGUGUCCAGAUUUCAUUAUGCUAUUUACAUAUAAAAGAAAAUAAAGUUUGGUCCUUAUAGUACCUCCUCCUUUGUUUCCAAUUGAUAUAGAAAUGGAAAGAACAGAAUGACUUUUAGAAUAUUUAUUGUCCAAAGAAUGAUACAAAAGUUUGCUGUACAAAAUUGAGGGACUGAAAAUAAAAACCAACAUUUAGAUAAACAUACUUUUAAAUAAUGUUAAGAACACUAAACAAUAUAUAUACUUUAAUAAAAUACUUUCCAGAAGUUUGUUAAUUGAAACGAAAUGUAAAUAAAAGAGUAAUAUUAUAAAGCCAUCAACACUAUUCCUUUUAAUGUCACAAAGUUUAGGAUAAAAGGGGAAGAUGUGCUAGUCCGUCAUUUGGAUAGAUCGUAUCAUUCACAUGCUUAUCACAUUUGAAGAUAAACGAUAUCAUAUUUGUAAAAGAGGGAACUGAGUAGUUUACUUCUAUAUGGUCUGGAAUAUUUAGGCCGAGAAAAAAAAAUCUGUGUUUCCGGUAACCCGACCGACCCUGUUUUUUUAGCCCCGACCCUAAUUUUUUUAUUGGAUCUUCAAAAAAAAAAAAAAUUGGUAUCAACCAACCCUGUUUUUGACACAGGCUUCUGUUAAUCGACAUAAUUAUUUAUGGAUCUGCACAGAAAGCCAGUAAAACAUUUUAUUUAUGUCAAAAGGUAUUCCAAAAAGGUUAAAAUCCAAGAAAUUUGCACGGCAGGUGCUUCAAAAACAUUUCAAAUGGCCGCACUUCCGGUAUUUGAAACUAAUUACGGACACGGACUUGGAAAAACCAUGAUAAUUUUCCGGAUUUCGUUUACAAUGUCAAAAAAAAAAAAAAAUAAAUAAAUAAAUCCGACCUACCGACCCUAUUUAACAAAAUGAUGUUACCGGAAACACAGAAUUUUUUUUUUAGGCCUUAUGUUAUUAUAGAAAUGAAAAAAAUAAAGCGGGUAUUUAGCAUACCGAGAUAAUAGCUGUAUCAUCGCUUUCUGAUCAUUUACUGAUUGUAAAUAUCAUUUUAUUCGAUAAUUUGCAGGAUAUUAAUUAUAAAAUGAAAAACUCCAAUUGUAUAAAGACAAGUACGUUAGUUUAAACUUUAUUAUUACUAGAAAUGUCGUUUUAUCACCAGGGAUUUAAUAAUUUGCAGUUAUUCAAUUAAUUACCUUUAAUGAGUUUUUGUGCUUAUAACAUCAUAUAACCUACAAAUUAAUAUACAGGAGAAAGUAUGUAUAUAUUUUCAUGCUUGUGGGCCAGAGUUUUCU